AUGCCUCACGCGCGCCAUUGUUUGGCCUUAACGCGUUUUGGCCCUCGCCCCCUCCCUUUCUCCGCUUGCCUCUCCUUCUCCCCACCCUGCUUCCCUCUCCACCCAUCUUUUCCCUACUUUCGUCCCCGCCCCACCCUCCCCUUCCCGUUCCUAACUUCCCCCGCCUCGUCCGCCUUCUCCGUCCCCUCCACCUCCCUCCGCCUUCGCCUCUUCCGCCUGCUCCCGUUCCGUCCGCCUCCUCCGCCUCCGCAUCUUCCGCCUGAUCCGCCUCCUUCCCCGACCACAGCCAGCAGCCCCGUGUCUCGCAGCGCGCGCACGCCCGGCAGCGGGGUCGCGAGGAGAGCCAACCGGGUGGCGCCACGUGCGUCCGCGGACGCAGAGGAGCCGGUGACCAUUGACAACUCGACCGUCACAGUGCUUGUGGUGGGUGGCGGUGGAGUGGGAAUGGAGCUGGUGCGACAGUUGGCCAAGGCGGGAUCGUGGGUGACAACACUGCAUGUUCGUGGUGGGUGGCGUAGGAGUGGGACUUUUGAGUCGACUCAAAAGUCACUCUUCCCCCCUAACGUGCUCCGUAUGUGUGUGUGCAUUGUUUGUGGUGGGCGGCGGUGGAGUGGGAAUGGAGGUGGUGAGGCAGCUGGCCAAGGCAGGCUCGUGGUGCUCGUGGUGUGUGGUGGUGGCAUGGGAUUGAAGGUGGUGAGACAGCUGGCCAAGGCAGGCUUUCCUUGUGGUGGGUGGCGGCGGAGUGGGAAUGGAGGUGGUGAGGCAGCUGGCCAAGGCAGGCUCGUGGGCGACGGCGCUGCAGAGAGGGGAGAAGUUCUUAUAGUGAUUAUCUCAUCUCAUCUCCCACCCCCUCUCUCUCCUCGCAUCCUGUCACCCCGCUCUCCCCUCUCAGUCCUCGUGGUGGGUGGCGGCGGAGUGGGAAUGGAGGUGGUGAGGCAGCUGGCCAAGGCAGGCUCGUGGGUGACGGCGCUGCAGAGGGGGGAGAAGUUCCGCAAGGAGAUUGAGGGGCUGGGGGCCAUGCUCGCCAUUGGGGACGUGAUGGCGCCGGGAACGAUAGAGAAGGCGCUCAGAGGAAACACAUUUGACGCUGUUGUGUCCACCGUUGGUGAGUUGGCGGCAGUGGGCAGUGGGCGUGAUGGUAUUGAGGGGCUGGGGGCCAUGCUGGCUGGUGGCGACGUGAUGGCGCCUGGAAAAAUCGAGAAGGCGCUAAGAGGGAACACCUUUGAUGCUGUCGUGUCUGCCAUUGGUGCUUAUGUUCGCCACACCACCCUCCAGGUGUCCAGCAUAGGAGCAGGCGACAGCAAGGCGGCAGUGCCUGGGAAGGAGAUGGACGCGCCGGGGCCGGUGUCUAGCAUAGGAGCAGGCGAUAGCAAGGCGGCGGUCCCAGGGAAGGAGAUGGACGUGUUGGGGCCGGUGCUGGCCGAGAAGGAGAAGAGCGAGGAGCGGCUCAAGGCCAGCGAUAAGCUCAAAUGGACCAUCGUUCGCCCAGGAGGGCUGCUCUCAGAUGUAAGGGGCGAGGAGAUGGGUGGGUCCAGGGCUGCGGGUAUAAUAAGAGCAGGAGAGGAGCGUCUGAAGGCGAGUGAUAAGGUCAAGUGGACCAUCGUUCGCCCAGGUGGCCUGCUCUCAGAUGUGAGUUCACUCUGCUUUGGCUGGAGGGGAAGGGAUUGUUUCCGGGGAAACACAGGUUUAGGGAGAGGAGAGGAGCGGCUCAAGGCCAGCGAUAAGCUCAAAUGGACCAUUGUUCGCCCAGGAGGCCUUCUCUCUGAUGCUUCUGAGGAGAGACAGGAGCGGUCGAAGGCGAGCGAUCAGCUCAAGUGGUCCAUCGUCCGCCCAGGAGGCCAGCUGUCAGAUGUUAGGGGUGAGGAGGGAGGUCGGAUGCGAGCAAUGGCUCGGGCAUCUUCAGAGGACAGCAUCAUGGCGGCCACUGGCACAGGCAUUCUCACAGAAGACAGCAGCGUGGUGGGGGUCAUCUCCCGUGCUGACGUGGCACAACUGAUUUUGCGCAUUCUCUUUGAGGAGAAGGCGGAGGGGAAGGUUUUCUCUGCCAUUGAUGCACAAAAGAAAUUUCCUGGAGCACCCGAGAAGGAAAUUGUUGAGUUCAAGGUGUAA